CGGUUUCGCGUUGCAGUAUAAAGAUCAUCCAGCAAACAACUCGAGAAGCAUACCAGAGCACACACAGAAACAGAACGAAGUCCUCGAUCGCUCAUCGUCUCCUCUGCUCCGGUUUCGUUGGAGAUCCAGGCAAUGGCCGACGAAGUGCAGCAACUCACCAGGGCCUUCUCAGGCCUUGGCGGGCUCGGCGUGGACGAGCCGGCGAUGGUGUCGGCGCUGGCACGGUGGCGCGGGCAGCCCGAGAAGCGGUCCGCGUUCCGCAAGGGAUUCCCGGGCUUCUUCAGCAGCCACGGCGGCGACAUGGACCGGCGCGAGGAGGAGUACAUGCUGCACCUGGCCGCCGAGUUCGCGCGGUUCAGGGACCUGGUGGUGCUGUGGGCGACGCACCCGUGGGAGCGCGACGCGCGGCUGGCGCACCACGUCCUGCACCACCACCACCACCACCCGCCCGCCGUCGUCGUGGAGGUCGCCUGCGCGCGGUCCGCCGACGAGCUGCUGGGCGCGCGCCGGGCGUACCAGGCGCUCUUCCACCGCUCCCUCGAGGAGGACGUCGCGCACCGCGCCCGGGACAAGCCCUACUGCAGCCUGCUGGUCGGGCUGGUGAGCGCGUACAGGUACGAGGGCCCACGGGUGGACAAGGAGGUGGCGAAGGCGGAGGCCGAGGCGCUGGGUGCCGCCGUGAAGCGCGCCGGGAACGGGAAGCUGGUGGAGAACGACGAGGUGCUCCGCAUCCUGACCACCAGGAGCAAGCCCCACCUCGUGCAGACGUUCAUGUACUACAAGGAGAUGCACGGCAGGCACGUCGAGGAGGACCUGCGCCAACGCGGGGAGGAGACCCUGCUGGAGACCGUGCUCUGCCUCGUCGCGCCGGCCAAGUACUUCAGCCAGGUGAUUGAGGGCGCGCUGAGGGACAGCGCCGACCACCACGGGAAGGAGGCCCUGACGAGGGUGGCGGUGACGCGGUCGGACCACGACAUGGACGACAUCAGAGCCGCCUACCACCAGCAGUUCGGGGCCAAGCUGGAGGACGUCAUCGCGGCCAAGGCGCACGGACACUACAGGGACGCGCUGCUCUCCUUGGUGGGCGCCGGCAAUUCAUCAGUCUGAAGCGCUGCUGCCUGCUCAGGAGUCGUCAGGCCCAAUAAGAUGUGCAAGAGUUUCUUUAUUACGCACUUUCGCGAGGAAAAAAAGUCGCAUUUUCCACUCGAUGAGGAAAGGUUGUUGCUUGUUCUUUUGCUUCUCCUAUGCGUUUCGUCUAUCAUUGACUACAGGAUUCCCAAUAAACAUUUUUAAUUUCU